CCCUUGCGUCGUUAUUCGAAUCGUUUCGUCCCCCCACUCAUUCAAUAACUUCCUGGCCAUUCUCGAGUCAGUCUGUUUCUCGUGAGACCGUGUUCCUGACUGACGUGAAGGCAGGCGUGUGCUGGCUGCAGUCACCGCAGCCCCCUGAUUGAUGGAUGUGACCACGUGCACACAAGCCAUGCAGCCCUGGCCUGCAAACACAUCUCUCACCCCUCCCGCUUGGCUUGCUCCCGCCUCCCCUUCUCUCUCUCACACACAUGCGCACACGCGGUGCCCUCUCGUGGAUAUCCAUGCGAGCAACUGUCGGCGUCCCGCAUGUGCGCAACACAGAGAAAUCACCUUCGAUCUGCCUCAGACAGAAAGGGGGACCUGACCUCUUCUUACGCAGCGCAACAAACAGCGACAAAUGCGACCACCGUUCGCUCGUUCGCUCCUCCAUUGCUCUGUCUAGAGAGAGAGCAUCACGCACAUAAUGAUACAUACAUAGAUACGUACACACAAUACGCACACACACACACGCGCGGCCAGGUUGUCCAUCUGGCUGCCCUCCCCUCCGUGUCUCUCUGCCCGGCUGCCUCCCCCUUCCUCCCUCCCUCCCCGUCCAUCCAUCCAUCCACCAUCCAUCCAUCCAUCCAUCCACUCUUUCAUCCACCCGGUGCGUCCGUCAUGCACGCGGUGGGUCGAUCCAUCGAUCGAUCAGUCGCAUCCGGCUUCUAUCAGCUUCUUGGCGUCGUCUUCCGGCAUGUGGGCGUUGCACAUGAUGCCUGCAGUGAGUGCCACACACACCAGCCAACCAGCCAACAGAGAGAGCGCGUGAUUCGAUGGAUGGAUGGAUGGAUGGCUUGGUGUGCCGCAUUUACCUGAUCCGAACUCGAAUCCCGCGACCGGCCAGCUGUCAAGGCGCGGGAAGAUCUCCACGUGCCAGUGGUAGUAACAGCUCGGGUUGUACACCUGAGAGCAUGCCAUGCCAUGCCAUGCACCAACAGCACAUACAUACAUCCUUGCAAGAAAGACCCCAUUAAUUACACCACAUGACAUGUGACACCAACGUCUCUGUCUUCACGCACCGACGCACCGACGCACCCACAGCCACCAUGUAUGUAUUGUAUGGGAUUGAUAUAUUGACUGACCUGGUUCCUGGUUCGGUGCAGGUGUGCGGUCCUGAGGACCAAGUUGUAGUCGACGUCGCCGAGCGCUCGGUUGAUCCGCUGGAAGACCCGGUGCAGAAUGCGCCCGAGGGCGCGCAGCGUGUCGUCGUCGAUGGACAGGAACUGGUAGUUGUGGCGCAGAGGCAGCAGCAGAAUCUGAUACGGGAUGUGAGCCGCGAACGGAACUGAUUGAUGUUCGUGAUGAAUGGAAAAGGCAACAAAACGCCCACAGACACACACACACUCUCAGACAUCCAAGUAUCCAUCGGCCGAUCUGUCUGUCUGUCUGUGGUACUGACUGACCAACAGCGAUGAAUUGGCUGUCGAGUUCGACGAUGCGCACUUCCUCCUUGAGCUCGAGCUUUAUGUAGUCGCAGAAGAGACAGCGCCCGUUGGUCUGGAAGUACUCCCUGGCCGUGUCGGUCAGCUUGAGCUGCUGGUUGGGCACUAUCGGCAGGCCGAUUAUCUGCGAGUGGGGGUGCACCAUGGAGGCGCCCCCGAACAUGCCCACGUUCUUGAAGCACAGGAGGCUCUGGAUGAGGGGAGAGGUGGUCAGCAGCAGCCCCCUAUCGCGGAAUGCCUUGAAGAGCAUCUCCCAGUAGACGGGCGUCGUGUGGCCGAUGGGCAGGUUGUGGGAGGGGUGGUCCACCACGACCUCGUGGAAGCCUGUCGCCUCCAGCAGCAGCUUACCGCGGGCCCGGGCCGUGUUGAGGCAGUCGACCAGCUCGUUGCACUCCAUGCUCAUGAUUGACGCCGCAAAGGGGUACUGAAGCGACUCGUCGGCAAUACAGUUCGAAGGCGCAACCACUGACACACACACACACACACACAUCCAGACAGACAGACAGACAGAUUGACGGUUGCUGGCUCUGUCUGCGCACCAGGGAAUUUGUUGGGCAGCACAUACAGCUCGAAGUCGUCCUUUGGGGCACAGGUGGGGUCGUGGUCGCUGGCCCGCAGUGUGAGCAGCUUGGCUGGUAGCUGCCCCUCGUUGCCCUUGCAGAAGGGGCAGUUGGCACUCCACUGCGGGAUCUUGCUCUUGUCCAUCCCAACCUCUGGCCGCAUCUGUUGCGGCCGCUUCCGGCGCUCCACACCCGGGAAAGCUAUCCAAUCGUUGGUGCAGAUGUUGUGGCGGAACGUCGCGAAACACCGAAUGCCGGACCGCUGAGUGGGAGGGCUGAGAGGGAGGGAGGGGGGGAGGGAGGGUGACGGGGGAGCGGCUGCAGCGCGCCGAGAUGAGGAGCCGCUGCAGCACCGGCGGAACAACAUCCGUCGCUCCGAUGAGGCAGGGACGAUGCAGGUCACGUGUGAGAUGAGUCAGCACUAUGGAAAUCGCUCAUGCUGCUUCAUUCUUCGUAAUUUCUUCUUCUAGAAGUCGUGAAUGGGCAGAAGGCGCUUCCCUUCUUGCUCUCC